AUGCCGGGUACCCCACGGGUUAAUACUAGGCCCGGAGCAGGAAGGGCGGUCUGUGACGGUGUCAGUGACUUCAUGGUCAUCAUACUCAUCAUCACCCCGGCUGUCAACCUGUUCUGGCGGGGAACCUGGAACCUCAUGUACGAGUACUUCCCAGGAGACAUCAUCACGAGCUCCUGGCUGUCCCUCGCCAUCGGCAGCCCGGUUCUCCUACUAGCCGGGCUGCUGCAGCACCCCGCCCGAAGGCUGGGGCGCUGGCUUCACGGUAAAAACCAAGGCUGGCAUCACCUGUAUUUGGUGGUGUACGUGUACGUGGUAGCGUCUGCUUCUGUGGCACAGUGGCGCGGAUUUUGGAACCUACCUACGUUCUAUUUCCCUGAGUGGGUCAGCGUACUUGGGUACGGCCUGACCGCUGUUGUAGGAACGGGUUUAAUGAUGGGGUUUCGAAUCUUUUCAAACGGCGGCGGCUGCCCGGCUUCGGUAACCGUCGACUUCGAGCCCGAUCCCUUCCGAGUCCCGCUCCGAUUCCGCACGGACACAGCCGAGCGAUUCUCGUGGAGGUUCGCGCUGGACGUCUUCUUCUCGGUGUUCAUCGCUGACCUGAUCUCAUUAGCAUAUUGGGCGGGGUACUGGGGGCUUCUGGAUGUGUUGAUGUUCCCGGAAGACCCUUGCUUCUCCUAUUGGUUAUCCUUUGGCAUAGGCUACGUCAUACAUCUCGUCACGACCUUCCUCCAGUUUCCCGUACACAAAGCUUCCAGGAAUCUGCUCGGCGCGAAGCGGGAAUUCUGGAAAAGGCUUGCCCUGGAAAACGCGUUUCUGUUUUUGGUGAACUUCGGCGUGAUCAACAGUUGGAGGGGACUGUGGGAUCUGUAUGACUGUUACCUCCUGCCGGACCAGCCCAGGCUCAGCGCCUGGCUGAGUCACGGGUUCGGCGCGCUGAUUUGCUGCUUGGUCUGUGCCGGGAGGACGCUAGGCGGUGUAGGGCUCGCCGUGGACGGAGAAGAAAAUGACGGGACGGCGAUUCUACUCAGCACCUACGCGGAGCGGACAGCAGAAAAAAUGGCGGACUCUCCCGACACAGAACCUAUGUUGGACCCUGAAGAGGUCCGUGUACCAAGAACAAGACCGUCAGCUAUCCGCUGUGUUGCACACUUCGUCCUUGUGAGCUUCAUCAUCACCCCUUCUGUCUUGCUGUUCUGGAGGGGAACAUUUAACCUCCUGGAGGGGUAUCUCCCCGGAGAUGAUUCUUUUAGACCCUGGCUGUCUCUCGCUAUUGGCAGCCCCGUUAUUCUACUUGUGGGACUCCUACAGCACCACAUCACGAGGCUAGGACGUUGGACAAAGGGCAAAAGUUACGUCCUGUAUAGACUGUUUGCUGGCGUGUAUUUCUACAUGGUUGCAAUAGCAGUGGUGGCCCAGUGGGUCGCUUUCUGGGACCUACCAGUGUACCUUAUGCCACACAUGGAUAAUAUUAUUGGACAAGGCAUACGGGCAAUCCUUGCGUUUGUGAUUAUGAUAUUUUUACGUACGGUCGUGCAAGGGAGGGCGUGUCCUGUGGGAGUUUCCUUCGACUUCGAUCCGAAGCCUUUCCGAAUCCCGCUCCGAUUUCACACGGAGAUUGCCGAGCGCUGUUCUUCGGGAAAGUUCGUCCUGGACGUCGUGUUCUCGCUAUUCGUCGUCGACCUGAUCACGGUACAGAACUGGGCGGGGACGUGGAGUUUUCUCGACUAUACCAUAUUCCCAGAAAACCCCUGUUUGUCCUCGUGGGUCUCUCUAGGGGUAGGAUACACCCUUUUCCUCCUGGUAUCCAUCAUCCAGUUUCCCCUAUACAGAGCCUCCAAAAGUUUAAGAGGAGGAAAACUAGAGUUGGCCAAAAGACUGGCCAUAGAAGACACGUACGGACUUGUGGUGAAUUUUGCUGUAAAUAACGUAUGGAGGGGGUUAUGGGGUUUAUACGACUGCUACAUACUGUACGACCAGCCCUGGGAGAGUAACUGGUUGUCGCACGGACUGGGAGCGGCGAUGUGCUUCCUUGUUUGUGCCGGAAGUAGUAUAGGGAGGCCCAUGGUGACUGUAGAUGGUGAGGCGGACGACGGGACCGGUGUGCUGCUCCAAGUUUUCACCAGCGAGGAGUUCUAAUAGGAACCCGAAGAGACGCCCUGUCAACAACAACAACAAC